AUGGCUUUGAAGAGAAUACAAAAGGAAUUGAAUGAUUUACAGCGCGACCCACCAGCGCAGUGUUCCGCAGGUCCAGUGGGAGACGACAUGUUCCACUGGCAAGCUACAAUUAUGGGACCUACUGACAGUGCCUAUCAAGGAGGGGUUUUCUUUCUAAAUAUUCACUUUCCGUCCGAUUACCCAUUUAAACCCCCAAAGGUAGCUUUUCGAACUAAAAUAUACCACCCAAACAUAAACAGUAAUGGAAGAAUUUGUUUGGAUAUUCUAAAAUCGCAGUGGUCCCCUGCACUAACGGUUUCGAAAGUUCUAUUGUCUAUUUGCUCGCUAUUGUGUGAUCCUAACCCGGAUGACCCUUUAGUUCCAGACAUAGCGCAUAUUUACAAGUCAGAUGAGGCGAAAUAUAACAAAUUAGCGAGGGAAUGGACUCAGAAAUAUGCGAUGUGA